AUGGAUAUUGAAACGACAGCUGUCGAGCUUGAGGAAGAGUCAAUGGAUAUUGAAAGGAAACUUUCGACUGACAAAAUUGUUAAGAAACCUGCUUCUAAGAAACCCGAUUCUAAGAAGGCUAUGGAUGGUGGGAUUCCGAAGAAGAUGAGGAAAGGGUCGCUCAGCAUCAAUUCUGCUUCUAAAGCCCCUUGCAAAGCCCCUUCUAAAGACCCUCCUAAAUCCCCGUCUACAUCCCCCUCUACAUAUCCUUCCACCUCUUCCCCCACUUCUUCCCUCACCUCCCCCUCCGCAGCUUCUCCCACAACUCCUAUCACAUCUCCUUUGAAACCUUCUCUCAAAUCUCCUUCAGACCCUUCUCCUGAUCGACAUUUGCAUCGUCCCAAUGGCAAAUUUGCUCCUUUGAUACGUAUGAUACGGAUCAUCGGCAUGCAAGGUGUGCAGAGAUGCUGUGAGACUGACGAAAUGGAUACUGAUGAAGAUUACGAGUGGAACUACCCUGGAUUCAAUGGAUAUCUCUUGGAAGAGUUCAGUGCCAAGAGAAGACAAUUCCCAGAAAUGGGAUUGGAUAAAGUGGCUUUGGCCACGUAUCGUGCGGGAGAAGUCAAUGAAUAUGGCAUUGCCUAA